AUGUCUCCAAGAAGAGUUUUCAUUUUUCUUCUGUUGUUAGUUUUGGUUUUCUCUCUCCUCCUUUGCAAUGAGGGAAAAGUAGAGAAUAAGACUCGUUCAAGUUCAACCCCACACUUUGUCCUAGUUCAUGGCUAUACUGGUGCAGCAUGGGGCUGGUAUAAGAUCAAGGCCCUACUUGAGGCAUUUAACUACAGAGCGACAUGUCUGGAUCUCAAAGGUGCUGGUGUUGAUCCAUCCGAUCCUGCUAAAAUACAUAGUUUCAAUGCUUAUAACAAGCCCCUCAUUGAUUUUUUCGCCAGUUUGUCCAAUAAUGACAAGGUCAUAUUAGUUGGACACAGUGCAGGAGGUCUAAGCGUUACAGACGCGUGUCACCGAUUCAGUGACAAAAUUAAGGUUGCUGUAUAUGUAGCAGCAACAAUGUUGAAACAUGGGUUCAUGACAGAACAAGACUUAAAAGAUGGAGCACCACCAUUCGCAACUGGUUUGGCUCCAAACAGGACUGGGGCAACACAGAAACCUGAGUGCCAAACGAAUCACGUCGGCAUUUAUCGAGAGGAUGCAGCUUUAGGUUCGUUGUUGCGUCGGCCAGCAGUACCAGUUAAGACAAUACUAGAUGCUCGAUUCAAAGGAGAGAGAGCUGAUCAAGUGCGGCGCGUGUACAUUAAGACAGGAU